AUGGCUCUCCUCCUAAGCUCCUCAGCUGGAGUGAAGAGGAAUGGCUAUGGAUAUUAUCUCAACUGCUCGUAUCAGGAAGUCAGAAUGUGGAAGAAGACUGUUUGUUGUUGUUUUCAGAAACUAAAACAAAAGACUUCCUGCUCCGAGUGUGUGUCUGGUCAGCCUCAGAAUGUAGUCCACGAGCAUACGGCACUGACAUUAGCGUUUUCUCCUGAAAGAUGGAGGAAAAGUGGAAAGGAGCGAGAGGAUGGCAGGGAAGGGGCACUGUAUAGGUUAGAUAUGCAGGUGUUGAUGACGCAUCAGACACACCUAUUUACAGUACAUACUUAUUUAGACACGGUCAUAAACACUGAACAGACCCUUCAGGAAAGUGCCAGUAGGUUAACCUACAGUAUCAAAGGUGAGCGCACCGCACAGUUCCAAAGGCUUCUAGCCAAGGCAUGUUUCUGCCCCUGUCUGGUGAUCAAAAGUAUUGCUUUCCUGACUCUCAGCUCACCACCAUAGGACAUGGCAGCUUCCUUGUGAGCUAUAAUAAGUGAUACCAGCCAAAAUGGUCUUUCCCACACAGUGAGGAAAAGGUAAUGCUGCCUUUUCAUAACAAAAUCACCAUGGAAACAAACCCUUGUGAUUGGACUCGUAAUAGUGUAGAUGUUUUGACCAGAUCUGUGUCUGAUCACAGCUUGUUCCACUGCUUGUCUGUAACAGGGAGAAGGAGAAUAGAGUGUGCUGCUUCGUACAGAUGGCAUGUUACAGUAAAGGGCAGAUUUAUACAGAAAUACCCUCAGAAUUUCACAGUGAGAGGAACCCUGUUUGUCUUAGCCUUAGGACUUCAGGGAACAGUGUCCAGCUGUCUUCAUACAUUUUGAAGAACAUACACAGUUACGUAACUCUCUUGCACUCUCAUCCUCUCUUAUAUAAUGACUGUUCAUAUGGAUGUCAGACCCCCUAGUAUCAAUCCACUCAAUCAAUCCAGUCCUCUAAUCUGGAGUAUAAACAUUACUCACCAGCCCGUCUCCUCUCUUCUUUCGUGUCUCCUCUCCUCAGUAUAGGGAGUUUCUGAGAAGAGCUUUUCUUUCUGAGUAGUGACAUUAGACAAACCAAUGAUGUAAUGGGAAAGUGUUGAACUGGGUUGAGAUCUUGGGAUUGAGCCUACUGGGAGAUGUAUGGCUAAAUGGUCGAAUCCCCCCAUAUGCAUACACACAAAGCUUGUAGAUAUUUCUACCUCUGGUCCUAUCACAGUCCCUUCCCUCUAAACUGACCUUCACUCUCUCGCUCUAUGAGCUCUAAUAAUUGGUCUCUCUCCUCCUUUCUCCCUUUUUUAAAAACUAAUUCCUCUCGCUCUCUUUCCCUUCACUCAUCUUUGCUUGCACUCUGAGAUGCUAUCUGUCUGUUUCUCAACAAACACUGGAGCCCAUGGUCCCUGCCAGCAUGGCCAUGGAUUAAACACUCACGCCCACAAUUACUCACGCAUACAUACACAGACAAGCAAACACACGCAAAUGCAAAAUUCUACAGGCAUGCACAUAAACACCUGCAGGUCUUCUGGCAAAAAUAUACAUACAGUACAAAUAAUUUUGAACAGAUUUGACAGCCAGACACACAAGCAUACAAAUGAUAUACAACCACGCUUACACAGACCUGUGAGGUUUCUGUUGAGGUGGUUAUUGUACCUACUCCAGACCCAGGUCAUUGGCCAUGUCCGAAUACACCUACUUGCAUUCUAAAUAGUAGGCAUUUUGGGUAUACAAAAAAUAUUACGUUUUAUAGUAUGUGGAAUUUCGAAAAUGUAGUAUGCUUUAAAUAACAGGAUGUCAUACUCAUUUUGGCGUUUCAUCUAUAGAAUUCUCUACACACUAUUGAGAAAGAGAAUCGUAUUUAGAGACCCAAAAUGAACGAAUGGCGGGAAUCAACGCAAUUGUGCAUUAGAUGACACAUUCUCAGUAGGAUGAGCCUAGUAUGAUGUUAUUUGUUGGUUACUGCAUUCAUUUUUACUAAACGGUACAUUCUAAAAUGUAUGUAGUACGAUUCGUACACAGUAUGCAGUUUAAGUAAGUAGUAGGCAAGCUAGAUUUUGGACAUGGCCAUUGUGUACUGGAUACUCAGAAACCCAUUACCUUCCACUAAACAUCCAGGAAUCGCUCCUCUCCUCAGAAACAUACUGUAGUUCAUUUUCUUUUGAAGUCUGUUUGGAAUCUGAAAUCUGUUUAGUGUUUGAGUAUGCAACCGGUCUGGGAAAAUGGCUUCACUACAUCCAAGUCAAGACUCAUACAUCAUCCUCACCUCCUACCCUGUAAUUUCACACUCAUUUAAUUCCUCAGCCUCUCUGUUCUCAUCAUUUUCACACUCAUUUCAUUCUGCUGUCGUGGCCUAUUGGUCCAGUAUGUGAACUAGUGGAGAGAAACCCUCACACAUACAUACAUACUCUCACACACACACACACACACACAGAGAUGGUUUAUACAUUCUACUGCUUUCUGUUAUUACUGAUAGUCCCGAUAGCCCCCAUAGCCCUAUAGACUUGGGAAUCUAGGUGAUAACGCCCUCUUAAGAUCCCUUUUUCACAUAGGACCAGAUACUCAAUCAGCCCACCCACUGGGCACACACUGGUAGUAUCCAUGUCAUUUCAUUGAAAUUACGUUGAACCAACAUGGCAUAGAUGUUGAAUUGACGUCUGUGCCCAGUGGGCAGUCUCUCUCUUUAGCAGCACAGGUCAUUAACUACAAAUCUGUUUUUGUAUGGAUGUCAGUUUAGUCGGCCUGCUAUCUUGUCGAUCUGGUGUUUGGGUUUGGUGAGAUGCGAAACAGACUGAGAAAGAAAGCAAAACGGGACAUCUAAAAAACAAGCUACCCUUCCUUUGAUCUCCUGUCAGAUUUGCAUGUUGUGGUUAGAGAGCAUGUGAUAGACAUCGCAGAAUGGCAGAGUGAGAACAUACACAGGAGAUGACAGACACGUGGAGACAUUACCACGUCAUGCGUGUCAGUGUGUUCUGGGUUAGAGGGUUGGAGGCAUCUCUGUCAUGCAAAGAACCUGCUGGAAUGUCUGAUCAGAGAAAGAUGGAGAAGUUUUGUCUAACAGGAGGAUGUAGGGAAGGAGAUAGAGAGGCAGACGGAACGAAACAGAAGAGAGAGAAUUGGAGGCGGAGGGAAACGGAGAGAACAACACGUGGAAAAAUUAUUGAUCACUGAAAUCAGUUACAUUUGUAAGUUCAUGAAAAUGUCACUUUCUUCAGAGCAUCAACUCUUCUUGGUUUACAGUAUCUAACAAUCAUGGGGAUUUGUCGAAAUAGUGGUACAGUAAACGAUUAUGUACAUCAGAAGCUGUACUGGUGUGAGCUAGAGGAUUUAGCCAUAACAAGUAACACAUGUACGUAGUUGGUUCAACAGUCAGUAAUCUUGCUCUCGAUCUCUCUCUCGCUCGCUCGCUUUCACUCUCAAGCAGGCACUCACACUACCAUGUUAAUUGACUAUUCCUCCAGCACAUUAGAAUGAAAUCUAGUAAAAUCUCUAUAAAAACAAUAUGAGAGAGAGGUGUAACUGGUGUAAAAUGGCUGGCUAGCUAGUUAGUGGUGCGCGCUAGUGACAUCAAUCGGUGACGUCACUCGCUCUGAGUUGUUUCCCUUGCUCUGCACGGGCUGCAGCAUUUGUGGAGCGAUAGGUAACGAUUCUUUGUGGGUGACUGUUGUCGAUGUGUUCAGAGGUGUGAGCAAGGAGUGGGAUGGAAGCAACACUGUUACAGAGUGAGGAAAAGAGAAAGAGCAAGAAAGAAGGGGCGAAAGGGGGGGCCUGUGGUGAGGAUGAGGAUAGCAGGGUGGUUUGAGUUGUAGAGGGUGACUGAUACCCAUGUUUACCAGGGUUCUCAGAUCAGCAGCAGCAACUACACAUUGAUCCACUUAGCUUGGACUUGAGGUGGAGCGGAGGCAAGGGUGUGUGUGUGACAGAGAGAGUGGGGAGUGAACGGGGAAUUGCGAAAGGAAGUGAGGGUAGAUGAUGGAGAUGAGACUGUGUGUGUGUGUACGUAUAUUUGUAUAUAAAUUAUGUGUGUACUGUAUGUUUGGGGUUCUGCGACUGUGCUCUCUACUGGUUACUUAGGGUUUGUCACACAUACACUACCAGUCAAAAGUUUGGACACACCUACUCAUUCAAGGGUUUGUCUUUAUUUUUACUAUUUAUUACAUUGUAGAAUAAUAGUGAAGACAUCAAAACUAUGAAAUAACACAUAUGGAAUCAUGUAGUAACCAAAAAAGUGUUUAAAAAAUCUAAAUAUAUUUUAUAUUUGAGAUUCUUCAAAUAACCACCCUUUGCCUUGAUGACAGCCUUGCACACUCUUGGCACCAAGAAAACAAUUGGUAACACACUACGCCAUGAAGGACUGAAAUCCUGCAGCGCCCGCAAGGUCCCCCUGCUCAAGAAAGCACAUAUACAUGCCCGUCUGAAGUUUGCCAAUGAACAUCUGAAUGAUUCAGAGGAGAACUGGGUGAAAGUGUUGUGGUCAGAUGAAACCAAAAUGGAGCUCUUUGGCAUCAACUCAACUCGCCGUGUUUGGAGGAGGAGGAAUGCUGCCUAUGACCCCAAGAACAUCAUCCCCACCGUCAAACAUGGAGAUGGAAACAUUAUGCUUUGGGGUUGUUUUUCUGCUAAGGGGACAGGACAACUUCACUGCAUCAAAGGGACGAUGGACAGGGCCAUGUACCGUCAAAUCUUAAGUGAGAACCUACUUCCCUCAGCCAGGGCAUUGAAAAUUGGUCGUGGAUGGGUAUUCCAGCAUGACAAUGACCCAAAACACACGGCCAAGGCAACAAAGGAGUGGCUCAAGAAGAAGCACAUUAAGGUCCUGGAGUGGCCUAGCCAGUCUCCAGACCUUAAUCCCAUAGAAAAUCUGUGGAGGGAGCUGAAGAUUCGAGUUGCCAAACGUAAGCCUCGAAACCUUAAUGACUUGGAGAAGAUCUGCAAAGAGGAGUGGGACAAAAUCCCUCCUGAGAUGUGUGCAAACCUAGCGGCCAACUACAAGAAAUGUCUGACCUCUGUGAUUGCCAACAAGGGUUUUGCCACCAAGUACUAAGUCAUGUUUUGCAGAGGGGUCAAAUACUUAUUUCCCUCAUUAAAAUGCUAAUCAAUUUAUAACAUUUUUGACAUGCGUUUUUCUGGAUUUUUUUGUUGUUAUUCUGUCUCUCACUGUUCAAAUAAACCUACCAUUAAAAUGAUAGACUGAUCAUUUCUUUGUCAGUGGGCAAACGUACAAAAUCAGCAGGGGAUCAAAUACUUUUUUCCCUCACUGUAUAUGUGUGUGUGUGUGCUUCUUGAGAGUGUCACUCUCAUGGCUGUGUGCUCUGUAGCCCUGUCCUCAGUGUUAGCCCAGUCUCAGUAGAUAUACUCCACCCUGCUCUGCCUGACAGGGCUCUGGCAGCACGCCUCACACGUGAGCAAGGGAACAGCUGGAUAAUGGAGGGAAGAGAGGAGAGAUGGGCUACAGGGCAGUUCCCAGGCUCUAGUCCCUGGUGAGAGGAGAAGAGGCGAGAGUAAGAGGGAGAGGGGUUUGAGAGAGUAGUGAGGCCAGCUGGUAAACUGUCAUGUGGGUAACUGCCUAGUAGGGUUGCUGCAGGAGAGCUGCCUCAAAGCUGCAAAGCAAAUUACAACAGUUAACACCACGAUCUCCUUUCUGAUCAUUUGAACUGAUCAAAUUAAUGUUUCUGGUUCAUGCUGUGUGUGUUUGUGUUAGUGUCAGUGUUGCGUGUUGCCACUGGCAGAAGAGAUAAAUGCUGUAAAAGAAUGCAGAGAGCUUUGGAAGACUAGGGGUGAUCGGGGGGGGGGGGAUUAUGUUGCCCUCUAGUGGUGUAUAAUGGUCUCAGUCUCAGUCUACUGAUUGCUAAUCUCUCUCUCCCUCUCUCUGUAGGGGUGUUCUGGGUCAUCGUGCGGAGGAAAAUGUGACUGCAGCGGAGUAAAAGGAGCAAAGGUAAGCAUUCUGUCCAUCACUCCUUCAUUGUCUACCAGUUUCACAUUUCUCUCCACUCUCUUCUUUUCUUCGCACCGUAUCUCUUUCACCUACUCUCACUCAUCCUGAGAUUUCUACCUAGAAACUAAAGAUUCCAGAAUCCCUGUUAGGCUCAAAGGGGUGGUGACUCUGUCUAGGGAUGUUUCUUAUGGUACGGUAUGUAUACAUUUUUGGAUGUCCAUCAUCCAUUUCGUAUGAUAUGUUACGAAUAUUUUUUUUUAUGAUAUGUUACGAAUAGCAAUUUGAAGAAUGUUACGAAUUUGCAUUAUGUAUAAUAUGUUACAAAUUCCACUUAGCUAGGUGACUAACGUUAGCUAGGUGGCUAACGAUAGCUAGAAUAGGGGUUACGGGUUAAGGUUAGAGGAAGGGUUAGCUAACAUGCUAAGUAGUUGCAAAGUAGCUAAAAAGUAUUAAGUAGUUGAAGAGUUGCUAAUUAGCUAAAACGCGAACGCACAACCUUUUGGGUUCCUAGAUGUUUGCGUUAUACCCAUGUCAUAGGCAACCAUAAUCCCCGACCAACUUCAUUCCUUUCGUUUUUGGCUUAACCUCUUAAGGAUUGGACCCUUUUUUUCAAUUUUCGCCUAAAUUGACAUACCCAAAUCUAACUGCCUGUAGCUCAGGACCUGAAGCAAGGAUAUGCAUAUUUGUCAAAUCAAAUCAAAUCAAAUUGUAUUUGUCAGAUGCGCUGAAUACAACAGGUGUAGACCUUACAGUGAAAUGCUUACUUACAAGCCCUUAACCAACUAUGCAGUUUUAAGAAAGAAUACCAAAAAAAUAAAUCUAUCUUAAUACAAUUUGAAAGGAAACACUUUGAAGUUUGUGGAAAUGUGAAAUUAAUGUAGGAGAAUAUAACACAUUAGAUCUGGUAAAAGAUAAUACAAACCAAAAAACAUGUUUUCUAUUAUUAUUUUUCACCAUCUUUGAAAUGCACGAGAAAGGCCACAAUAUAAUAUUGCAGUUUAGGUGCAAUUUAGACUUUAGCCACUAGAUGGCAGCAGUGUGGGUGCAAAGUUUCAGAUUGAUCCAGUGAAGCAUUGCAAUACUGGAUUAUUUUGUAUCAAGUCUGCCCAAAUGUGCCGAAUAUGUAAAUUUAUACAUUUUCAAGUACAUAACUAUAGAGAACAUACAAAAAUGAUAUGGUAAUACAAAAUGUAAGUUUACACACUCCCAGGAAUGUCAUACAUGAUGGAUCAUUAGCUUAUACACUAACUUUCACACAUUUAGAUGGCCAGGCGGGGUGGGUGUGGAGCCAGAGACAGCAGGGGUUCAAACUGUAGAACCCAGUUCCAACGUUUGAAUAUAAAAAUGGAUUUAAUCAAACAAAACUAUGCUACAUUUUAACUCUGGGACCCAUGACAAAUGAGAGCAGGUAGCUUAGUGGUUAAGCGCGUAGUGCCGGAAACCGAAAGGUCGCUGGUUCUAAUCCCCGAACCGACUAGGUGAAAAAUCUGUUGAUGUGCCCUUGAGCAAGGCACUUAACCCUAAUUUCUCCUGUAAGUCGCUCUGGAUAAGAGCGUCUGCUAAAUGACUAAAAUGUAAGAACAUUAUUUACCUUCAGAGGUGAAUGUAUCAAACCAGUUGCCGUGAUAAGUUUUUUGUUGUUUUGCACUCUCCUCAAACAAUAGCAUGGUAUUUUUUCACUGUAAUAGCUACUGUAAAUUGGACAGUGCAAUUAGAUUAACAAGAAUUUAAGCUUUCUGCCCAGAUAAGACAUGUCUAUGUCCUGGAAAGUUUGCUGUUACUUACAACAGUCAUGCUAAUCACAUUAGCGCAUGUUAGCUCAACCGUCCCGUAUAUGGGACACCGAUCCCGUAGAGGUUAAGUAACCUUCUGCCUUAUGUAACCAUACCAAAUGUAACAUAUCAUACUAAUUUGUGUGUCACAGCUGUACAUGUACUAUGUUACGUAUAGUCUUAGAGUCCAGGAUAGUCAGUCUAGUCCUGGGUGGAAAAUGGAGGAGCGGAGCCACGACAUGGAGCAGGGAUCAGGAUGGAGACAGACUGGAAUCAGGCAGAAUUAGAGCAUGUCCGGACACACAGCUGAGCUGAGGGCGGCAUUCCCACCGGACCGAACAAUCUCUCAUUCACUUUUGAAACAGUACCACACUGUUACAGAACAUCCAGCAAUCAGUGGUUUAAAAUUGUGGUUGGAAGUUUAAAAGACACUUGAAGACAAAGUCUACACAUUGCCUGUCUUAUCUCAAAGUAACAAUGACACACUCAGUUACAUCUCCACCCUCUCAGGGAUUACAGAAAAAAACAAUUACGUAGCGGCUACUGUAUGUAUUGACUCACACACAUUAGAGCCUAGCAACAGUGUCUUAUCUACCCUGCAUGUGUAGCCUUAAGCUCUCAAAAUGACUCAUUGUUUUAGAAACAGAAGCCGACAGACAGACCACAGAGGACGACAGAGGACCUGUGUGUUCUCUGGACCCAGGCCUGUACUGACUGACUGACAGACUGAGCCUGGUGAAGUCAUGCCUCAUGUCUGUCUGUUGAAAGGUGUUGAAGCCUGGCAAACCAACCGCUAUUUCAAUUCCCCCUGCAUAGACAGAGGAGCUGUGUGUUCUCUGGACCCAGGCCUGUACUGACUGACUGACAGACUGAGCCUGGUGAAGUCAUGCCUCAUGUCUGUCUGUUGAAAGGUGUUGAAGCCUGGCAAACCAACCGCUAUUUCAAUUCCCCCUGCAUAGUUUCGCUGUGAUGAUGUCACUUCCUUCCGCCCACGAUGGGGGUUCUGUUCCCUUGGCGACCGGCCCAGGUCCUGGUUCUCACGGCCUAGAAUUGAAUGUUAAACUUCAAACCCCAUGUGAGCUUUAGGAAUGGAGGGAUAUGGGAGAGAGAAAAAGAAAGGCAGGAGGUCGAGAGAGUAAGACAGACAGAGACACACACACAAAAAAGGGCUCCAAAAACCACUGCUUUUCCACGCCUCACCCCCCUCCUCUAGAUCCCCCUCUCUCACUCUUGGCAGCUGAGAAUGUACUUAACAAAAAUAUAAACUCAACAUGCAACAAUUUCAAAGAUUUUACUGAGUUACAGUUCAUAUAAGGAAAUGAGUCAAUUGAAAGAAAUUCAUUAGGCCCUAAUCUAUGGAUUCCACAUGACUGGGAAUACAGAUAUGCAUCUGUUGGUCACAGAUACCUUUUAAAAAAGGUAGGGACGUGGAACCAGUCACUAUCUGCUGUGACCACCAUUUGCCUCAUGCAACGCGACACAUCUCCUUCGCAUAGAGUUGAUCAGGCUGUUGAUUGUGACCUGUGGAAUGUUGUUCCACGCCUCAUAUAUGGCUGUGCGAAGUUUCUGGUUAUUGGCAGGAACUGGAACACGCUGUCAUACAUGCCGAUCCAGAGCAUCCCAAACGUGCUCAAUGGGUGGCAAGUCUGGUGAGUAUGCAGACCAUGGAAGAACUGGGACAUUUUUAGCUUCCAGGAAUUGUGCACAGAUCCUUGCGACAUGGGGCCGUGCAUUGUCAUGCUGAAACAUGAGGUGAUGGCAGUGGAUGAAUGGCACGACAAUGGGCCUCAGGAUCUCGUCACGGUAUCGCUGUGCAUUGAAUUUGCCAUCGAUAAAAUGCAAUUGUGUUCGUUGUCCGUAGCUUAUGCCUGUCCAUACCAUAACUCCACCGCCACCAUGGGGCACUCUGUUCACAAUGUUGACAUCAGCAAACCGCUUGCCCACACGACGCCAUACACGUUGUCUGCGGUUGUGAGGCCGGUUGGACAUACUGCUAAAUAAUCUAAAAUGACGUUGGAGGCGGCUUGUGGUAGAGAAACAUUCAAUUCUCUGGCAACAGCUCUGGUGGACAUUCCUGCAGUCAGCAUUCCAAUUGCGUGGUCCAUCAAAACUUGAGACAUCUGUGGAAUUGUGUUGUGUGACAAAAUAAGCUUUUUGUGUAUGUGGAGAAUUUCUGGGAUCUUUUAUUUCAGCUCAUGAAACUUGGGACCAACGCUUUACAUGUUGCGUUUAUAUUUUUGUUCAGUGUUCAAUGGGUGAGGGCAGACUACAUGGCCCCGUGAAAGAACAGUAGCUCCAUCUGGUGGCAGAUAGAAGGAACACAUGAAGCAAUCAGUACUGACAAGCUGCUGCUGUCUCAUCAAUCCCCUUCAUAUUUUUUCUAAUCCUAAUUUGUUUAACCCCAGUUGCCUGUAGGCACAGAUCUAGGAUUAGCUUACCUUACUUAAACCCUAGACUCAACUAUGAUGCCGAAAAACAUAGAUCAGCAUCUAUACGGGUAACUUCAUUCGACUCUGUUCAACCUGCUUUGUGUGUCCUGUAGGGUGAGCGGGGGUUUCCUGGUCUCCAAGGCAACAUGGGGUUCCCAGGCAUGCAGGGCAAUGAGGGGCCCGCAGGGCCGAUGGGCCCUAAGGUGAGUGACAGCUCCAGACCACACCCGUUCACAGUAUCACCCACCCACCAAGAGACCUUACUUGGGACAGCAUAAUGUGAUUUACUAUGCUUAUAUUAUAACACAUACACAUUCAUCAUUUUAUUUAAAAAAAAUUAGUAAUGUCACUUCUAUGUUGUCUUAAUGUCACCUCAAUGUCACUUGUCUCUUCCCAGGGAGAAUAUGGCGAGUCUGGAACUCCUGGAAUGAAAGGAACACGUGUAAGCACAAUAAUGCUAUCAGAACAGACCUCUUCUAGUCUGCAAACCAGUGUUUACUUUCUUACAGCAUUUUAGCUUUUGUCAGGACUACCUUGAGGAACGUAUACCGUAAUAUUACUGGGUUUAUGUGAGUCUGCCUUCUUAUUGGAAUGCAAUUACUUGUAUUCAAAGUGAUCUGCUAAAUUACUCAAAUAUAAAUGCUGUGUGUUGUGUUUCACACUCCUGAGUGGCGCAGUGGUCUAAGGCACUGCAUUGCAGUGCUAGCUGUGCCACUGGAGAUCCUGGUUUGAAUCCAGGCUCUGUCGUAGCUGGCCGUGACCGGGAGACCCAUGGGGUGGUGCACAAUUGGCCCAGCGUCGUCCAGGGUAGGGGAGGGAAUGGCCGGCAGGGAUGUAGCUCAGUUGGUAGAGCUUGUGGGUUCAAUUCCCACGGGGGGCCAGUAUGAAAAUAAAAAAUAAUGUAGGCACUCACUAACUGUAAGUCACUCUGGAUAAGAGUGUCUGCUAAAUGACUAAAAUGUGAUAUGAUGUCUUGCAGGGAUCUAAUGGUUUGUCAGGCUUCCCAGGAAAUCCAGGGCUUCCGGUAUGUUCUGUGAAUUCCUGUAAAUCAUAACCUCACAAACAAGUUGUUUAGGCCAUGUGUCCUACCUCACAAAUGUCUUACCUGUCCUUGCCUCUCCCCCACAGGGUAUCCCUGGACAAGACGGCCCCCCUGGAUCAUCAGGUAUCCCAGGGUGCAAUGGAACAAAGGUGAGUCAUAUGUUUGGUGUCAACUCUGCUGUAGAAACUCACUUACUAAUUCCUGUUAUUUACGUACUUCUACCCAACCAUGCUGUCUCAACCCUGUCUUCAGUGUGAACUGACGUCUCUUAUCUGUAUGUCUGUGUUCCAGGGAGACCGAGGGACAGAUGGACAGCCUGGGUUCCCUGGUCUACAGGGUCCUCCUGUAAGCUCUCUACAACAUCAACAUCACCAACAUGGUCACAGUGUUAACUUCAACACUGCCACAGACUUCACCUUAGACCAGCAUUUCAUACUAGACCUAAAUCCAUUAACGAAACAUAAGACACUAUACUGAAAGAUGUUAUGAUUAACUAUUAAUAAAAUGUAUUUAUCAUUCAAUCGGGCGAGAUUUACAACUCUAUUUCUCUCCUCAGGGUAUCCCUGGACUAAUGGGAUUGAAAGUAAGUUAAAACAGAGGUCUUUUAGAUCCUAAAUAAAUUAUGUACAUUUCAGUGUUAAAAGGUAUGGAAGCAUUUGUAGCAUCAUAAGACAUCUACUACAACACUGUUGAUGGGCCGGGAAAUAUAAAUGUCCCUCUGUGUAGUGUAUUAGUCUCUAACCUGUCUCUGUCUGUCUGUCUGUCUGUCUGUCUUUCUGUCUCUCCCAGGGAGACCCAGGUGGUGUUAUAGGAAUCAUUCCACUGAAAGGAGAUAAAGGAUUCCCUGGAACACCGGGUCUACCGGUAUGUAUGUGUGUGUGUGUGUGUGUGUGUGUGCGCGCGCGUGCGUGCCUGACAACAACUCGCUUAUACAGAAUAUUCAUCCUUUCUUUCCUACAGGGACCUAAUGGCCCCUCAGGACCUGAAGGCCCCCCAGGAAACCAGGGAUCAGACGGACCCAGAGUGAGUGAUCACUCUAACACUGGAUCACUUAGACUUAAAUGAUACCCUAUUCUAUGAUACCUAUGAUACCUUAUUCUCACUACUUUUGUGAAAUGUUUUAACAUUAGGAUCAAAUUGUCUUUAGAACACUGACUGACUGACUAUAUUCCUCUUUCCCUUUAGGGUUUCCCUGGCCCACCUGGCCCCCCAGGAGAGAAGGUAGGCUUGUUGUCAAUUAUCUUCUGAUAAUAGGCCAAAGUUCCGACCUAUUGUACUGUAUAUUGUUGUUCAUCCAAUCAGAUUGCUCUCAGUUGUGAAGGCCAAUCAGUUGUCUCAGUAAUGACUUUGGUCUUCUCUCUCCAGGGUGACCGGCUUUCUUUCCAGAGUGAGAAGGGAGACAAGGUGAAACACGCACACUUUCAUGUUUAUAACAUCUUUAUAAAGGGUUUAUAAGCAGUAAUAUAGCCAUAAUAAAUCAGUUGUAAACAGUUAUAACUUCCUUCCUUCACCGUUGAGGGCCAGAUUUGGUCUCCAUCUCCAUUCACCUCCUCUUCUUCCACAACAAAGCCCUCUGCCUUUUCACUGUAUAUAGUUUUCUUUGUUCCCGUUUCUGAUCCGUACCCUUGGUAUUUCUCUCUCCUGAUAGGGUGAACGAGGGCUCCGUGGUCCUCCUGGCCCCCCCGGACCCCCAUCACAGGAAGUGGGAGGAAAUCCCGUUACGCAUUACCUCCCUGGACCACCGGUACACAGCUCCUUAUAAUCAAUGAUAAUCAAUGAUAAUAAUAGUUGAUGAUGACCUACUUUGACCUAAGCCCUUGAAUCCUUCAUGGAGCAUAAGCCACUGACGAAUGCCCUCCAUCUCACUCUAUUAACAAAUCUAUGGUUAUCAAUGGAUGGGUGGAUGGAUGGAUAAAUGGAUGAAUGGAUUGAUGAAUGGAUGAAGGGAAAGUAGGUCUGCCUCCUUACUAAAGGUGUUUGUGUCUAUCCUUCAGGGUCAGAGAGGCGAGACAGGAGACAGAGGAGAGAAAGUGAGUGUUUUACUAUUUUUCAACUCGUUCAUACAUUAAAUGACAUUACAGUACAUUAAGCCAAUAUUGACCUGACUUGUGUUUUGAUGGCCACUAUGAGUAACAUUGAUGUAAUUUAUAUUUUUGUCUGCAGGGUUCUUGUAUUCCAUAUCUAAAUGGGGUCAAGGGUGAACAAGGCCCACCAGGACCAAGGGUGAGUGACGAUGAUCACAUUUCAAUAGAAUAACAUUUUGCUUUUAUAGAAGAAAAACAAAAUUAUUUGCUUUCAUGGUAAAACUGAGUUUCUGUGUCUUGGAUUUCAGGGAAAACCUGGAAAAGAUGGAGACAAUGGAUUUAAGGUAUAGAGAUACACGUAUACACCUAAGCUACUUUCUCACUGUCUCUCACUCUCCCCUCUUAUCUCUCUCUCUCUCUCUCUCUCUCUCUCUCUCUCUCUCUCUCUCUCUCUCUCUCUCUCUCUCUCUCUCUCUCUCACUGUCUCUCACUCCCCCCUCUUAUAUUUCUCUCUCUCUCUCUCUCUCAUUAUGUCUGUGUCUCUGUCUUUCUCUCGCUCUCUCUUGUGGUUUUGUCUCAGUAGUUCAGUUGUGUUUGAUGUCUUUGUCCUGAUCAUUGUGAUGUGCCUGUUGUCAUACAGGGAGAGAGAGGCUUUCCUGGCGGCCCUGGAUACCAUGGAACACCGGUAACUAAACAACCAUUUAUUCUGUACCAGUCAAUACCUGUACACACCUGUCAUAUGCUUAUUAGAAAUGAUCUCUGAGUUACCUUUCAGUUCUGAGGAUAAUAAAAUGGACGUCUCUUUGUGUUCUAGGGUGAAAAAGGAGAGAAAGGACCUCCAGGAUAUGUAAGUACUGUCUCUGCAUACUGUAUAGUCCAGGGGUUCCCAAACUUUUUUGGCCCACAACCUCAUUUUGAUAUCUGAAAAUGCUCAUGACCCCAACCAUGUGAAAACAAAUGAUGUUAUUGGGGCUAUGGCAGUCAAUUGUAAAACAUUCUAACAGUAUUUCUGAUUGUAUUCUCAACUCAACAUCAUAUACUUUUAAUGUGGGGCUAUGACAGUCAAUUGCAAAUUAGUCUGACACAUUUUCUCUUAUCUCACCACCACUAAUGAGAUGGGUGUGCUUGUGCAUGUCGCAUAGGAGCUUCUCAAAGUCAGGGGGCGUGGUCAACAGUGCGCACCUCAUCUCUCCUGUCACAUCCAACCUGGAUCGAUAUUUGUUUUUAAUGCAGACGAGAGCACUGAAUCAGCGUACCAUGAGUUUUAAUGCUCAGAGGGAGAUGGCACAGUAUUCCCUUUGAGUCAGGAACCAAAACUCCUCCAUAGUGACCCGUGAAUGCAUUGUCUGCAGCAUUCGGUCACAUGAUAGCUAGAUUGGAUGUGACAGGAGAGAUGAGGUGCGCACUGUUCGAUUUCACUUACCGGCAUGUCAACUGAGCCAAGAUCACAGUCAAACGGAUUUCGCUGAGUCGGUCACUCAUCUGUAGAAUUUGUUGGUAUUUCCUCUGCAUGCUUGCAUUCAGCUCGUUCAGUUUCCCAAGUACUGCAUGUCGUUACAUAGGCAAGGAUACACAUUUUAUUUUCAUUACACAGAAAGACAUCAAAGUCAGUUUUUUUUUUACAUCCAUUGCGAAUGACAACAGUUCCUCUCUCAAUUUGAAAAAUCUUUCCAACACUCCCCCUCGAUAACCACCAAGCCUUGGUGUGAAAUAGAACAUUGCACUCUAGCUAUGAAUGUGUCUCCCUCUGCCAUAUGGAUGCAUUGUAUGAUGCACCCACUAUAUGGAGAUAUGGGAUCAGAGCAUGACAGAGGCCUGCCCGCCGUCCUGUGAUAGAUGGAGCCCCAUCUGUGCAUAAGCCCACCAUUCGAUCCCAUGAAAUCACUUUUUCGUCACUAUAGCCUCGCAGCAUACUGAACAUCGCUGAGACAGAACAAUAUGUCCUCGUGAAUAGCAUUCCCCGACAUGUAGCGAUCAAAAGUCAAUGCAUGGGCAUCUCGGCCCUCACAGCUAAUGUCCAUUUGGAGAGUAUAUGUUGGGGAGUUUGAGUCAUUCAGUCAGUUUCGUCUGGAUUGCUAGCUUGAUUGCGAGGAUAAAUUCUUAGUUUCACAAUGUUAUCUUACAAAGGUAUUGAUGUGAGUUUCUGUUCCUCUGCCUCCCCACACAUUGUUGUCACCAUAUCAAUUGCGGCCGGUAAUAUAAAAAUCUCUUCAAUAGUGUGUGGUUUCAUAGCGUAGCAGGCUUAGCCAUUCACCGUGGGAAUGAUUCAAGUGCAACGGUAAAGUGCGUCCUUCUCCCACAAUCUAAGGGCGCUCUCUGGUUGAAUUUUAACUUUUAGAUUUUAAUAAUUUUCAUUUUUAAGGUUAACCACAUUACAAUGAUUUUGAGAGACAAAGACGAUAUUAUAAUAUAUACAGUCAUGGCCAAAAUUGUUGGCACCCCUGAAAUUUUUCCAGAAAAUGAAGUAUUUCUCACAGAAAAGUAUUGAAAUUACACAUGUUUUGCUAUGCACAUGUUUAUUUCCUUUGUGUGUAUUGGAAUAACACAAAAAAAAACAGGAAAAAAGCAAAUUUGACAUAAUUUCACACAAAACUAAAAAAAUGGGCCGGACAAAGUUAUUGGCACCCUUUCAAAAUUGUGGAUAAAUAAGUUUGUUCCAUGCAUGUGAUGCUCCUUUAAACUCACCUGGGGCAAGUAACAGGUGUGGGCAAUCUAAAAAUCACACCUGAAAGCAGAUAAAAAGGAGAGAAGUUGACUCAGUCUUUGCAUUGUGUUUCUGUGUGUGCCACACUAAGCAUGGAGAACAGAAAGAGGAAAAGAGAACUGUCUGAGGACUUGAGAACCAAAAUUGUGGAAAAAUAUCAACAAUCUCAAGGUUACAAGUCCAUCUCCAGAGAUCUAGAUGUUCCUUUGUCCACAGUGCGCAACAUGAUCAAGAAGCUUGCAACCCAUGGCACUGUAGCUAAUCUCCCUGGACGUGGACGGAAGAGAAAAAUUGAUGAAAGGUUGCAACGCAGGAUAGUCCGGAUGGUGGAUAAGCAGCCCCAAACAAGUUCCAAAGAAAUUCAAGCUGUCCUGCAGGCUCAGGGUGCAUCAGUGUCAGCGCGAACUAUACGUCGAAAUUUGAAUGAAAUGAAACGCUAUGGCAGGAGACCCAGGAGGACCCCACUGCUGACACAGAGACAUAAAAAAGCAAGACUACAGUUUGCCAAAAUGUACAUGAGUAAGCCAAAUUCCUUCUGGGAGAACGUCUUAUGGACAGAUGAGACCAAGAUAGAGCUUUUUGGUAAAGCACAUCGUUCUACUGUUUACCGAAAAUGUAAUGAAGCCUUCAAAGAAAAGAACACAGUACCUACAGUCAAAUAUGGUGGAGGUUCAAAGAUGUUUUGGGGUUGUUUUGCUGCCUCUGGCACUGGGUGCCUUGACUGUGUGCAAGACAUCAUGAAAUCUGAGGAUUACCAAAGGAUUUUGGGUCGCAAUGUAGGGCCCAGUGUCAGAAAGCUGGGUUUGCGUCCGAGAUCAUGGGUCUUCCAGCAGGACAAUGACCCCAAACAUACUUCAAAAAGCACCCAGAAAUGGAUGGCAACAAAGCGCUGGAGAGUUCUGAAGUGGCCAGCAAUGAGUCCAGAUCUUAAUCCCAUUGAACACCUGUGGAGAGAUCUUAAAAUUGCUGUUGGGAAAAGGCACCCAUCCAAUAUGAGAGACCUGGAGCAGUUUGCAAAAGAAGAGUGGUCCAAAAUUCCGGGUGAGAGGUGUAAGAAGCUUAUUGAUGGUUAUAGGAAGCGACUGAUUUCAGUUAUUUUUUCCAAAGGGUGUGCAACUAAAUAUUAAGUUAAGGGUGCCAAUCAUUUUGUCCGGCCCAUUUUUUGAGUUUUGUGUGAAAUUAUGUCAAAUUUGCUUUUUUCCUGUUUUUUUUUGUGUUAUUCCAAUACACACAAAGGAAAUAAACAUGUGCAUAGCAAAACAUGUGUAAUUUCAAUACUUUUCUGUGAGAAAUACUUCAUUUUCUGGAAAAAUUUCAGGGGUGCCAACAAUUUUGGCCAUGACUGUAUAUACUUUUUUUUACCAGGAUAUUGGAAAUUCUCCCACGUCCCCAUUUUCAUAUCAGUCGUGCCCUAGCUUAGGAACCACUGCUGUAUUCUCUCUGUAGUCUUGCUUAUUGCUCUCAGCACCUCAAUCUAACUCUUGUACAUUUAGGUGCAAUUCUAUUUUAUUACAACCAGAUGUCGCCAUACAGUCAUUGAAAGUGAAAUGAGACCAACUGAGUGCUGAGCAUCAGCAUUAUUCUUGAGAAGUGUAGUAUUUUUUGAGUCUUGUAUGCAGGGGGAUGAACAUUUUGUAUUUGUAUAAGUUCAAAGAUUUUGUUUUCUGUGAUUGUAAGGUUGAUGGUGCUCCUGGGGCUCCCGGCCCCCCUGGUCUCCCGGGCUUACAAGGAGAAAGAGGUACAGUACACCCACACCCCACCACCACCCUUUUAUAAAACUACACUGUUUAGGUUAUCACACCAGCAUCCAUAGAAGAAUGCACACUAAGGUUAUAUGUAGGCCUUAUGUACCACCAACUCUCACCUUUUCCUCUGUAUGAAAGGUUUCCCUGGUCUUCAAGGAGAUCUUGGUCCACCAGGUAAGAGAACAAAAACACACACUUCGACCAUCAAGUGAUCAGUUACCCAUUCUUUGAAACUUGGUCAUAUUUUACAUCCUCUCUGUCAUGUAGUGUGUUAGUUGACAUCCCCAUACCUUACUGUGUGCCUCCUCUGUGGUGUAUCUUAGGCAGGCAUAUUGAAGGACCUCCCGGAGAGAAGGGCCAACCAGGAGAGAUCGGUCAGAAGGGAGACAGGGGUGCAGACGGGGAGUCUCUCAGAGGAAAGCCUGGACAAGAUGGAUUCAUCGGACCCCCUGGUCCUCCCGGACCUCCUGGUAGGUGCACUUUACACAUUCAUAGUGUGACCUUUGUCAUUCUGGAGUCUUGUAGCUGAUUAUACAUAUAGCACCUGAGUGUUUUAGGUGCCUCAGUGUUGCCUGACAUCUCUCACUUUUACCACCUCUCUGUGUGUGUGUGUGUGUUGUGCUAUCUGUAUAGGUGAUGAGCCAUGUGAUCCAGCCCUUGAGAAGGGACCACCCGGGUCCCCCGGCCCACCCGGACUACAGGGGGAGUUGGGACAGAAAGGUAAGGAAGGGAGGGAGAGGAGAUGGUGGGACCUGGGGAUUUCAUAUAGUGCAGUUGAGAAGUUGACUUUGUUAGCGAGACAUCCAUCUUAUCCCACGCGGUCACCUACCUGUUGUUUCUCUACUGUGAACUUGUAUUGCGUUGUACCUCCAGGUGAUCAGGGAGACACGUGUGUGCAAUGUGAAGCCUUCGGCCCCCCUGGACUCCCCGGUCCCCAGGGGCCUAAAGGACUGCAAGGUGAGGUGACCCACACUAUUGGCUGAAUCAUAAAUUGAGAUUACAUACACAGAACUGAAACCUUUGUUGCCAUUGAUUUCAAUGAGUGAUUGGCACUAAGAUUGAGUUCCACAUCUUCAGCCUGUGUCUCAGGUUAGGAUCCUGACCCUAGGGCCUAUAUUAAUCUGACUCCACACUGUUUCCUAUGAGAUGGUGUUGUUGUGUUUGAUUGAGAGGUGUGGUUCGUCUCCUGUAGGAUACCCUGGAGCAGCAGGGAGUAAAGGAGACAAGGGACUGCCUGGACCUACUGGGCCUGAUGGAAGCCCUGUGAGUUAUCUUCAUCACAUUACUCAUUCCUCUAAUAGAACAUGAUAAAGACCAUUACGGUGGACAUGUUGCAUCACUAUAGCUCCAUGAAGAUCAAGAUCCUUAUUUGUGUGUAACAAGUAGUCAGAGGACAUUCACAUUUCAAGUUUUAUUAGUCGUAUGUACAGGAUACACCGUCCGAAAUGCUGACUUCCAGGUACCUUCUCUACAAUGCAACAACAAUAAGAAACAAUACAAGAUAAGAAUAAGAACAUAAAGUAAAUGGCUCAGUAGAAUAUAAUAAACAUUUUAGCAUAAGUAGAAUACAGGAAGGCACAAUUUAUAGUACAAUAUUAACACGUCAUUACUAUGUAUGUUUGUCCAGUAGUUUUCUAAUCAAAUACAUUGUUGAUUGAUCCUGCUGUCUCUUCUCCUCUCCCCAGGGUAAUUCCGGUACUCCUGGGUUGAUAGGUGCUCCAGGAGCCCAUGGUGAGCCUGGGGACAUCUACGUGGCUCCAGGGCUGAAGGGUGACAAAGGAGGGUCUGGCUUCGUGGGCACACGAGGACUCCCAGGUGUGGAUGGACUGCCAGGGAAAGCUGGACUACCAGGCCUGCCCGGACCCAAAGGAGAACCUGUAAGUGUGUGCACACAUGCAUGUGUGUGUUUCAACCAUUACUUUAAGGAUUGCAGCAUCUACGCUCAUGCAGUGAUGUAGUCACUCAUCCCUCUCUAUCGCUGAUCUCUGCCUACAGGCCCGAGAUGGCAUCAAGGGGGACCGUGGUCUGGAUGGGGACCCUGGGAUCACUGGACCCCAAGGAGAGAGGGGUCCUCCUGGUGUACCAGGGUUUGGCCGGCCGGGGGAGCCUGGAGAGAAGGGUACAUCUGGCCAAGCAGGCCAACCUGGAAUCCCUGGACAACCAGGUGGGUGUGCAACUACAGAUGAAGCUAUUGAUGCAGCUAAACACAUAUAUAUAUAUAUAUAUAUAUAUAUACACACACACACACACACACACACACACACACACACACACACACAUACAUACAUUUAGGUAUAAGGAGCCAAUGACCAUGUGUAUCUGCUCUCUCCCUAUGUGUCAGGACUGAAAGGUGAACCAGGAAAAGGUGUGAGUUCACCUGGACCCCAGGGCACCCCUGGACCUCGAGGAGAAUCUGGCAGACCUGGACUACAAGGUGAGGAUCAGCUUAGUGUUUAUAUGUAUAGCUUAUGGUAGGCUAUGGUCCUGCAUGGUCCUGCACAGCUCAUAAUGAACAUCUUCUCCAUCCCUACCCAGGUGACAGAGGACCUCAUGGAGACCCUGGAAUGCCAGGAUUCCCAGGACAGAAAGGUGACGCAGGUGUACCUGGCAUCGGAUUCCCAGGACCACCUGGGCCUAAAGGAUAUUCUGGAGCUCCAGGAGCCACUGGGUUGCCAGGAGAGCCUGGAAGACCUGGACAGGAUGGUUUCUCUGGAAUAUCAGGCACACCUGGUCCAAAGGUGUGUGUUUUCUAUUUGUAUGUCGUUGCUUCACUUCCUGUUGUUUCAAACUCCACAACCAACCAAUCAACCAAUCUUCUACUGUCCUUUCUAGGGUGAGCCAGGUCGGGGUCUACCUGGACCUAAAGGUGCUCAGGGUCCUGCCGGAGUGACAGGUUUUCCUGGAGAGAAAGGCAACCUUGGUCUACCUGGUAUUCCCGGACAAGAGGGACACACAGGACCACCUGGAGCUCAGGGCAUUAAAGGUGACCCCGGCCUCCCUGGUCAGCAUGGUGGCACUGGACCCCCUGGACCCCCUGGAGCAGGAGAACCUGGUGCCCCUGGACCCAUGGGACCCCCUGGAGAGUCAGGCCUCUUCGGUCGUGACGGUGUGAAGGGUGAUAAGGGUUUCCCUGGCUCUCCUGGUCUGGACAUGCCCGGCCCUCAGGGAGAGAAGGGAGGCUCAGGAUUCCCUGGACUUUCUGGUUCCAAAGGGUUGACAGGACGACCAGGCCCCGCCGGCAGAGAUGGAUUGCCUGGGGGGGCAGGUGAGACUUACAGGCCUCAGAACUGUGUAGGAGGUCUGAUGUAACUGGAAGGACAUUGACACUCAUUGACUGGACUGGUCUUGGUUGAUUGCUGUUGAUUUGAAUGAGCAUUUGGUGAAAUUGAGAAGCUUUGACCUUCAAUACUUUGUAAGCUCUGAUCUUCAAUAUUCAGAUCUUUUUCCAUUCCAUUUUCAUGUAUUUGUUGAUGUGUGUGUGUUUCCCAGGUCCCAAGGGAGAGAUGGGAGUCAUGGGAACACCCGGAACACCAGGAUAUCAGGGUCCUGCUGGGAACCCUGGAAGUCCAGGACUGAGAGGUGAGACAGUAGAAAUGCAGCCUCUGCACUUAUGCCGCUGUACUACUAGAAUACCCAUUGCAUGUCUCAACACUCAUCUCUUUCUCUCAGGUGACCCUGGUAUCUCUGGGCCAAGGGGGGAGUUCGGUGAGCUUGGACCCAAAGGAGAGAGGGGAGAGCCAGGUCUGCAGGGCCCUGCUGGAAACAUGACUGAUGUGGACAUGGAGCACAUGAAGGGAGAGAAAGGAGACCUCGGCGACCCAGGUAUACAACAUGAACAUGCCCCAUCCUACUGCACUGUAUGUCUGUGUCAGAUGAUUAGUUCAAAUGGUAUUUUUCAAAGUCACUGUGAAUUGUUUAGGUAUGCUAAAUCCCACUUUUUCUCAUUAGGUGACCCUGGAUACACGGGAGAGAAGGGUUAUCCAGGACAGCCCGGAGUACCUGGUAUGCCAGGAAAGGAUGGCGAGCCCGGUACACCUGGUCAGCCAGGUAAGUCACCUGUGUAGGCUUCGCCCCACCCCUCGGUUUAUCGGGAAUGGUCUAAAAUUGUAUGCUACCUAGUGUGAAAGUAUGUAUUGGUCUUGCACAAUAUAUACAGUGCCUUCGGAAACAAUUCAUACCCCUUGACUUAUUCCACAUUUUGUUGUGUUACAGCCUGAAUUCAAAAUGGAUUAAAAAUAAUGUCUUACCCAUCUACACACAAUACCCCAUAAUGACAGUGAAAACAGGUUUUUAGACAUUUCAGCAAAUCUAUUGAAAAUGAAAUACAUAAAUAUUUCAUGUACAUACAGUACCAGUCAAAAGUUUGGACACACCUACUAAUUCCAGGGUUUUUCUUUAUUUUUACUAUUUUCUACAUUGUAGAAUAAUAGUGAAGACAUCAAAACUAUGAAAUAACACAUAUGGAAUCAUGUAGUAAGUAAGAAAGCCACCCUUUGCCCUGAUGACAGCUUUGCACACUCUUGGCAUUCUCUCAACCAGCUUCAUGAGCUAGUCACCUGGAAUGUGCAGUUGCAAACACCAUCAUGCGCUAUGAUGAAACUGGCUCUCAUGAGGACCCCCACAGGAAAGAAGACUCAAAGUUACGUCUGCUGCAGAGGAUAAGUUCAUUAGAGUUAACUGCACCUCAGAUUGCAGCCCAAAUAAAUGCUUCACAGAGUUCAAGUAACAGACACAUCUUAACAUCAACUGUUCAGAGGAGACUGCGUGAAUCAGGCCUUCAUGGUCGAAUUGUUGCAAAGAAACCACUACUAAAGGACACCAAUAUGAAGAAGAGACUUGCUUGAGCCAAGAAGCAUGAGCAAUGGACAUUAGACUGGUGGAAAUCUGUCCUUUGGUCUGAUGAGUCCAAAUGUGAGAUUUUUGUUCCAACCGCCGUGUCUUUGUGAGACGCAGAGUAGGUGAACGGAUGAUCUCCACAUGUGUGGUUCUCACCGUGAAUCAUGGAGUAGGAGGUGUGAUGGUGUGGGGGUGCUUUGCUGGUGACACUGUCUGUGAUUUAUUUAGAAUUCAAGGCACACUUAACCAGCAUGGCUACCACAGCAUACUGCAGCGAUACGCCAUCCCAUCUGGUGUGCGCUUAGUGGGACUAUCAUUUGGAGAGUGAUGGAGUGCUGCAUCAGAUGACCUGGCCUCCACAAUCACCCGACCUCAACCCAAUUGAGAUGGUUUGGGAUGAGUUGGACCGCAGAGUGAAGGAAAAGCAGCCAACAAGUGCUCAGCAUAUGUGGGAACUCUUCUGGAAGUAAGAAUGGGAGAAAAUCCCCAAAUCAGAUGUGCAAAGCUGAUACAGACAUACCCAAGACGACUCAAAGCUGUAAUUGCCGCCAAAGAUGCUUAUACAAAGUAUUGACAGGUGUUAAUACUUAUGUAAAUGAGAUAUGUAUGUAUUUAAUUUUAAAUACAUUUGCUAAAAUUAAUAGAAACAUUCUCACUUUGUCAUUAUGGGGUAUUGUGUGUAAAUGGGUGAGGGGAAUUUCUUUUAAAAAUAAUUUUGAAUUCAGGCAGUAACACAACAAAAUAUGGAAUAAGUCAAGGGGUAUGAAUACUUUCUGAAGGCACUGUAGUAUACUAGUAUGGGUAUUGGGACACAGUCAAUGUGAUGAUGAUAAAAUUACAUUCUCUUUCAGACACUGUAUGAUUCUUGUUUCUCAGGUGUGAAAGGAGACAUAGGUGUUCCUGGAGAGCCCGGCAGUAUUGGUUAUCCUGGAAAUAAAGGAGGCAUUGGUGAAAUGGGAUAUCCAGGUAAGAAAAAAACACACAAUCCACUCACUGACAAGAACUGACAUCAGUCUUUAAAUAGAACAUCCACUCAGAUCUGUUUGCUACGUGCAAGAAUCAUCUGUAUUUGAGCUAGGGAUAUUUUAAUGUUUGUAAGCCAGUUAGCAAUUGUAGAAGUGUCAAGUCUAAGGCUAAGGUAUGCUAACUGGCCUACUGGUCUUGAUGUGCUUCAGUUCUGGUUAAACUGGUUCUAACUGGGUUCUCCUGUAUGGUUCCACAGGCUCUGUAGGUCCGAAGGGUGAUAAAGGCAUUGUGGGCACACCGGGUCAUCCAGGGUUCAGGGGUACAGAGGGGGUGAAGGGAGACAAGGGAAAAACCGGUCUGCCAGGUGUCGGAGUACCAGGACCCCCUGGAGAGAAGGUAAGCUACUUACUACCACUCAUUGUUUGUGUGUCGCUACAGUACAUACAUUUUUGUCAUUACAGAGAUGCCACUAAUCGUCUGUCUUUUUCUCUCAAUCAAUCUUUAUAUGCUCUUAUUUUCCUCUCGUUUCCCCCCUCCCUGUAUCUCUCCAUGCCUCUCUCUUUCUCUCUCUCUCUCAGGGUCAGUCGGGUCUGCCUGGUUUCCCUGGUAACGCAGGAGAGAAGGGUCAGAAGGGAGGAAUGGGGGUGCCCGGGAUGCCAGGAACAUCAGGAAUCAAGGGAGACACCGGACACAUCGGUUACCAAGGUGAGGCUCCGGUCUCCAUGACCACAACUACUCCUGUUCGACCUGACUGAUUGAUUAGUUGAUUGAUUUUAUUUUGGGUUAAAAAUACAAGACUAGAAUACAUUUUGGCAUAGGGAAGAGCACUAGAAUGCAUUAUUUGGUACAUUUUUAAUCAUCUCACAAACCCAGAGAAGUGUCUUGUUGAUUGGCAACCUCUAUAAACCCAGGUGUGUGUUGUAAUGUGCAGGUCAGCCAGGUCAGCCAGGAGAGAAGGGUAUUGGUGGGCUUCCCGGGUCACCAGGAGAGCCAGGUCAAACAGGUCGACCAGGUAAGUACUCUAACAGAUGGAAUACAGUAACAAUGCCCCAGGUUCCUUUCAGUACAAUAUGACAGCUAGUCAAGAAGCUUACCCCUGAAUAAUUGCCCAAGUGUACAUGCUGUAGCUACUGUACCCCAGCGUGUAGAGAGACACUCAGGUAACUGUAUUGUUUCCUAGGUGAGCCUGGUCUGCAGGGUCCCCCAGGUACAACCGGAGAGAAAGGAGCAUCAGGAGUGGACGGCAUACCUGGAUCAUCAGGAGAGAGAGGAGACACAGGUGAGUCACCUCUCCUGACCUUUAAUAUGAUCAGGUGUGUUUAUCAGCCUAUAAACCACUUGUAAGCCACAUGGUUUUAUGAUCUGUGCUAUAUUUCUAUUAUAAGCCCCACAUUUGACUAUGUCUCCAUAUCAACUCAUGCACUGUGGACCGUUAACAAACAGCACAGGCAGGUGAAGUGUUUCCAGUCAUGGCUUAGAGUUUGAUCCACUCUGUUCUCUGUGUUUCUCCUACAGGUUUACCCGGCAGGGGCUUCUCAGGGACACCAGGGUCAUCUGGGGAUAAAGGUGACAAGGGCAGUCCAGGUUUCCCAGGCUCUCCAGGUAUCCCGGGUAUCCCAGGGACCAGGGGAGACAAGGGUACGCCAGGCUUUGAGGGCUCCCAGGGCCAGCCAGGCGACCGGGGUCUCCCAGGACACGCCAUGGAGGGGCCCAAAGGAAACCAAGGAGUGCCAGGAAAGCCUGGAGAACCAGGUACUGUAUGCCACACACCUGAGUCCUGCUGUAAUGUACAUUCUGAUACAUAUGACCACCCUCUCAUUCGCCUCCUCUUCUCAUCCCCAUCUCAGGUAACAGUGGUGCUCCAGGUCCUGCUGGUGUUCCAGGCAGCGUGGGUGGGAAGGGAGACAAGGGAGACCAGGGUGAACCAGGAGUACAGGGGGAGCAGGGCUUCAAGGGAGAACGAGGAUACCCUGGACUUUCUGUAGGUCACCUCCUGUUGCUUACUGACUGACCCAUGUGUGAUGUCAGUUUAGUCUGUUUAUCAUGAAAGGUGUCCACCAUUUGACUGGUGUGUGUGUUACAGGGUCAAGCUGGCCUUCCAGGUGUUGAUGGACUGAAGGGAGAGAUGGGACUGCAGGGAGUGCCUGGUUUCCCAGGUGAGUGGUGCAGCUGAUUUAGAUGGUGUACACAGUUUCUUUGUGCCUGUACACAGUGUGUCUAUGAGUCUGUGGUUCUGUUGGUUUUGUGGCUAAAUCUCCUCUCUCCUGCAGGGACAAAGGGUGAAUUCGGAGUGGUUGGAUUCAAAGGAGAGCUGGGGGACAGAGGAUUCCCAGGAGACAAAGGUGAAAGGAAGAGCAACAUAACAGCCAUUAAACCAAAUCACUUAGUGCUUGUUUCUUUGUGAAAAUCUCUCCUGAGCUUCUAUAGCAUCGAACACCUACAUUAUUACUGUGCAAAUGUUAUGCCCUGUAUAUUAGUAUAUGGAUUCUGAUGUUUGUUUAUGAUUGAUUACAUUAUAUGGUAUUAAUCAUCCUUCCUUCCCUUCCUUGUUUCAGGUAAUGAUGGUCCCCCUGGUCCUCCUGGCCCCCACACCUUCAACAAAGGAGACAUGGGCUUCCCUGGUAAUCAGGGCCCUCAGGGGCCUGUGGGGCCCUCAGGUAUCCCUGGGCUGAAAGGACAGCAAGGUGAGAUUUCAAACCAUCCUAUAUACAAUGAGCCAAUUUAUUAUGACCAAACAUCAGCUCUGAUCACCCCAUAAUAUUGCACCACUCUCAUUCAUCCAUUAUCUUUCUCUCUCCUCCCUCUCUGUCUCCCAGGUGUGACAGGUAUUCAGGGUAUUAAAGGUGAUGAGGGGAACCCUGGGUUUAAUGGUCUCCCCGGAGCCAAGGGAGAACCAGGCCUUCUUGGUCCCUCAGGUGAGAGACCCCUUUGUCCAGUUAAUAGCCACACUAAAAGGUCACUACACUGCAUGUAGAAUAGAAUAAUAUCUGUGAUCAUUCUAGAUGUACUAUUUAUAUCUGGGGGUUAUUCUCAGAUUGGGCGCUAACAUGCCAUUUGACCCUGACCUUUAUCUUUGACCUUUGACCCUUCUACCUAUAGGACCCAGAGGGUACCCUGGACCCCCAGGACCUGACGGUGUUCCGGGUCAGGUGGGUCCUCCUGGCCCCUCCUCGAUGGAACACGGUUUCCUGGUAACCAGGCACAGCCAAUCGGUGGAGGUUCCACAGUGUCCCGAGGGAACGUCGGUGAUCUAUGAUGGAUAUUCCCUACUCUACGUCCAGGGCAACGAGCGCUCCCACGGGCAGGACCUGGGUAAGAGAGAGGGAGGGAGAGGGGGAUAGAGAGAGAUGGGAGGGGAGGUACUGUAGAUGAGACUAUCUUGUAUCUAUCUUGUGAUUCAGAUCAGCAUCACACUAAACUACUUGUGUGUAUGUCUCUGUGUGUAGGUACGGCUGGUAGCUGUCUGAGGAAGUUCAGUCCCAUGCCCUUCCUCUUCUGUAACAUCAACAACGUCUGUAACUUUGCCUCCCGUAACGACUACUCCUAUUGGCUCACCUCCCCUGAGCCCAUGCCAAUGAACAUGGCCCCUAUAACCGGCCAGAGCAUCAAGCCCUUCAUCAGCAGGUGUGUGGGUGUGGGUUCCUUUUUGUUUCUACAUGUGGUGCAUUUGGCCCUUGCAUUGAUGAUGGCAGUAUAUGUUUGUGUACUCACCUAGGGUAUGUGUGUGAGUGUGUCUAUGUAUAGUGUCAAUGUGUAUUGACCUCAGUCUAUGCCUCCAGGUGUUCAGUGUGUGAGGCUCCUGCCAUGGUGAUAGCAGUACACAGUCAGAACAUCAUGAUCCCAUCAUGCCCCAAUGGCUGGGACUCACUCUGGAUUGGCUACUCCUUUGUCAUGGUGAGAGAAACACAACUCAUAUAACAACACCAUACCUAGUGUAUCUGUACUUGCUUUGAUGAACUUACCAAUUCAUGUUUUUGUUUCCAUAUCCUCAACCCCCCAUGUCUCUCUGUCUCUGUGCAGCACACCAGUGCAGGUGCUGAGGGCUCUGGACAGGCCCUGGCCUCUCCUGGCUCCUGUCUAGAGGAGUUCCGUGGCGCUCCGUUCAUCGAGUGUCACGGCCGUGGAACCUGCAACUACUACGGCAACUCCUACAGCUUCUGGCUGGCCACAAUCGAGGACGACGAGAUGUUUACGUAAGCUGACAACAACUCCCUUUUUCCUCUCUAUCUUUCCCUCUCUCACCACCAGAGCUCUGACAUGGUCUUGUUUGAUUGACUGAGUGAUUGAAUGGAGGGAUUGAUUGAUGUUGAUUGAUGUUGUCUUGUGUCUGGUUCCAGGAAACCCGUGCCCACCACACAAAAGGCAGGAAAUCUCCGGAGUAACAUUAGCCGUUGCCAGGUGUGCAUGAAGAGGACAUAGGCCCUACCCCAUGACCUCUCUGUGGCCCUUGACCACCCACCACAACACCUGACCCCACCCAGUCCGUCCGUCUGUGGCGUGACUUUGUGUUAUUGACCAAAGGAUGGUGCUAUUUCACUGCAUGUGUGAGAGGAGAGGAACAGACACACUGUGAAACAGAACAACAAAAACACCCUGAGAGAUCGACGAAAGAACAGAACCCACACACACAGUCAGAGGAGGCUGGUGGGAGGAGCUAUAGGAGUACAGGCUCAUUGAAAUGGCUGGAAUGGAAUAUUGGAACGGAGUCGUAUGUGUUUUCUGUAUGUUUGAUACCGUUCCAUUUAUUCCAUUCCAGCCAUUACAAUGAGCCCCUCCUCCUAUAGCUCCUCCCACCAGCCUCCUCUGACACACACACACACACCAGAGACCAAACCAUAAGAUCAACUGGCCCUACGCUCGAUCAUGCAGAACACUUUACUAACA